CCUUUGCUGGUCUCCUUGACCAUCACCAUCGUCAAAAAAAGAGGAAUUCGUUUUGCGUCUACUCUUCCACAGUUACUACGGCCGGAAUUCUACGAUUCUACCUCGAGAAUCCAUCGCCAUGUCCGGGACACACGAGUCGCAACCUGUACCGGGGAGCUUAGCGGAAGCCCCUGCGAAACAGUCCUACCGGUCUUUCAAGAAGAAGUACGCCAAGCUCAGGAUCAAAUUCGAACUCGGGAUCAAAGAAAGCGAGGAACUCGUCCGCGAGGAAAUGCGUAUCGAAGAGCUUUCUAAGCGAAUCCAGGCACAGAACGAUCAACUUCUCGAGGUUUUGUUGGAGUUCAACGACAAUCUUCACCUUUCACCUAGCCUGCGGUUCGGUCUGGAUGCGCCCGAUGACACCCCGUCUCUACCCACACCCGAGAGAGAGUUCCCUGCGUUCGAUGAUCCAGAAUCAGCUACAGUGGCUUUACGCAGCGCGAAAGCAGACCUGGAUGCUGGUAGGAUUAUGCCGGGUGAUUAUCGCGAUUUGGAAGAUGCCGUGAAACGAGGGCGCGCGUUUGCCCCGGAAAAGCAAUAUACUUCUUUGCUGAAGGUGCCACACACUUCGUCGCAGGCAGAGGAACAAUACCUUGCUAAUAGUGGGAACACCUCGGAGUCUCUGGGAUAUUUCAACCCAGACUAUGAGAACGAGUAUUAUCUGGGCAUUGACGCACGGCUAGGCGAUGGAUCGGCCGCUUUACAACUCGAACGCAUCCCCAAGAAGCCAGCACCUUCAGAUCGAGAUAGUGAGGUUGCUGUACGCAACCCGGUCUCUGUCUACAGCUGGCUGCGACGGGAACAGCCCGGUAUCUUUCGAGAUGAUGAUAAUGUGUCGGAGAAGUCUGCUUUACGGCCAUCGAAUCAGCGGUCUAAGAAGGCCCAACAGGCUCAGCAGGCCCGUAAGGAAGAGGACGAUGAGGACAGCGCGUCUAUUGACACCGUUCCUGCCAGCACUUCUAAGAAUAAGCGCAAGCGUGAUGAUGACACCGGUUACCGGCCAAAGGGUGGUAAUAGCCGUUCGCGCAAGAAGAAAGACGACGGUGGUGCUAGUUCCCGGCGUGCUUCGAAAAGAGCGUCCGGUGUUUGAUAAACCAGAUCUCUCCUUACUUUCUUUUGGCUGCUUGCGUGUAUUACUACUCUGUCUUCUUUAUUUUGAUCUUCAUUUAAUCCUACAUGAUGCAUUCAUAAUGAUAAUAAUUCUGCAUAACUCUUGAUGGACCACUACAUUCUCAAUAAAUACUAGAAGACUACCUGGAUCACCUCUUUUCUUCCAAACCCCAUCUCGCUCACAGGUUUCUGUAUAACCACGACCUCCGCCUUCAAGCCCCAUUCUCGCUCACCCACGCCGACAAU